GCGAGAGUUCUAAAGCACCAGGACAAAUCCCACCCACACUCUGCCACUCUGUCCUCCGCCUCUCUCUCCUGUUUCCCUUCCACAUGGGCGAGCUGUCCUUGAGCUAGUUUCUAGCCACUCCGGACUCCGGCCACCGCGCCCCCAUGGCUUCCCCUUUCUUCCUCCUCCUCUUCUUUCUCCUCUCCUCGCUCCCUGGCGGAGCACCGGAUCUGGUCUCGGACCGCUCGGCGCUCCUCGCAUUCCGCGCCGCCGUCGGCCGGCUGGUGCUGCGGUGGAACGACUCGGCGACGCCGUGCUCGUGGAGGGGCGUGGUCUGCGAGGCCGGCCGCGUCACCGUCCUCCGUCUCCCCGCCGUGGGUCUCAUUGGCCAGAUACCGGUGGGCACCGUCGGCAACCUGACGGCGCUCCGGACGCUCAGCCUACGCUUCAAUGCACUCUCCGGCAGCCUGCCGUCGGACCUCGCCGAGUGCUCCCAGCUCCGGAACCUCUACCUCCAGGAUAACCGCUUAUCCGGGGAGAUCCCUGCAUUCCUCUUCUCACUUCAGAACCUCAUACGCCUCAACCUCGCUGGAAACAACUUCUCCGGUAACAUCUCGCCUGAGUUCAACAACCUCACCCACCUCGGCACGCUCUACCUCGAGAGAAACCGGCUGUCGGGCGAGAUCCCGGAGCUGAACCUUCCGGGCCUGGUCCAGUUCAACGUCUCAUUCAACCAGCUCAACGGAUCUAUUCCGUCCAAGCUGCGGAAAAUGCCGGCCGAGGCGUUCUUGAAGACGGGGCUCUGCGGCGGGCCCCUGGGCCCCUGCCCCGGCGAGAUCGCGCCAUCGCCGGCGACGGAGGGGCCGGCGGGCGGAGCGGCCGAGGCGACGCACAAGAAGAAGAAGCUCUCCGGCGGGGCGAUCGCCGGCAUCGCGAUCGGAGCCGCCGUCGGAGUCUUAAUCAUCCUCAUCCUGGUGGCCCUCCUCUGCCGAAAGAGGAGGAGCGGCGCGGGCAAGACGAGUUCGCUGGAGGCGGUGGCUGUGAGCGAUAAGCCGCCGGAGACUCCGGCAUCGGCCGUGGCGGGGAGGGAUAUGGGUGCCGGGGAGGGAGGGAACGGGAAAGGGGCGGCGGCGGCGGCGAAGGGGGAGGCGGCGGGGAAGAAGCUGGUAUUCUUCGGGAGCGGGGCGCGGCCGUUCGAUCUGGAGGAUCUAUUAAGAGCCUCAGCGGAAGUACUAGGGAAGGGAACGUUCGGGACGGCGUACAAGGCGGUAUUGGAGAUGGGGACGACGGUGGCGGUGAAGAGGCUCAAGGACGUCAACCUCCCCGAGAAGGAGUUCCGGGAGAAGAUCGAGGCCGUCGGUGCGAUGGACCACCCCAAUCUGGUGCCCCUGCGGGCCUACUACUACAGCAAGGACGAGAAGCUUCUUGUCUAUGACUACAUGCCCAUGGGCAGCCUCUCCGCCCUCUUGCAUGGGAACAGGGGAUCUGGUCGGACCCCUCUCGACUGGGAGACACGGUCCGGAAUCGCUCUUGCAGCAGCCCGUGGCAUCGAGUACAUCCACUCGACGGGCCCUUCAGCCUCGCAUGGAAACAUCAAGUCAUCCAACAUUCUGCUAACCAAAUCGUAUGAAGCCCGAGUCUCAGACCAUGGGCUUGCCCACCUUGUAGGUCCAACCUCCACCCCUGCCCGUGUUGCCGGCUACCGUGCUCCUGAGGUCACCGAUGCCCGAAAGGUCUCCCAGAAGGCUGAUGUAUACAGCUUUGGUGUGCUCCUGUUGGAGCUGCUCACCGGCAAGGCCCCGGCGCAGGCCCUCCUCAAUGAUGACGGUGUCGACCUGCCAAGGUGGGUACAGUCGGUUGUUCGGGAGGAGUGGACGGCAGAGGUGUUUGAUCUGGAGCUGCUGAGGUAUCAGAAUGUGGAGGAAGAGAUGGUGCAGCUCCUGCAGCUUGCUAUAGACUGUGCUGCUCAGUAUCCUGACAGGCGGCCCACGAUAUCUGAGGUGGUGGUCCGGAUCGAGGAGAUCCGCCGAUCAAGUGUUGAAGCUGGCCGGCGGCAAGACCCCCAGAGCAUCGACGACGGUGAUGACCAGUCCUCAAGGAGGACUGAUUCCAUUGAGGGGGCUAAGCCCACUGGGUCCGAGACUUUAGCUAUAUGACCGGAAGCAGCUAGCAUGGAUUCAUGGGUAAAUGAAUCUGGUAUCUAAUUGUCUGGGGGAGCUGGGAGGUGGUUAUUCUUCUUUCAUUUCUUAUGAUUAAGCAAACUGUGCAUGCUGUUUUCAUUUUCUCCAUUCUACAGCAAGUUAUUGUUUUCCUUUGUUCUUUUAGAGGGGGGGAUUGAUGUUUGUGUCUAGGAUGAGUACCUUGUGUUGAUGUUAUUCAUAAUGUUUCUUAAGGAAUCCUUUUUUCUUCUUCCCUUCUAUCUUUUUUGGUGAUUAGGAUGUGUAAGCGACGCAGGUUGGGUUGGUUAUCGAUGUAAUUAGCACUUAUUUUUUAUUGUUGGAGGUUUGUUGUUGAAUUGGAAA